GGUCGUUCUCCUCCGCCGGCGGCCGCUGAGGCCUCGCCGGCGGCCGCCUCGCUGCUGUCUCACUGUCGUCCGCCAUCUUGAAACGGGGCCUCGGCGGCUGCCGCGCCCCCGCAACAACGCGCGCCGCGAUUGGGCGGCGGGCCGCGGGGAGCACGAUGUUCCUGGUCGGACUCUCGGGUGGAAUCGCGUCGGGGAAGAGCACGGUCGUGGCCGUACUCCGGGAACUGGGCUGUGCCGUGAUUGAUGCCGAUGUUAUUGCCAGAGAGGAGUUAUUUGUGCCUGAACGUGCUGAGAAAAAGCGCCUACGAGUAUCUCAGAUCAGAGGGAGUUCGGUCUGCGCUUCCGCCCGGCACACCUGCAUCUUGCUGCUCCGUUCGCCUCGCUACAGCGAAGACCCAGAAACCCAGAUCUGUCGCACCAGUGGGCCUGGAGCAGACCCCGCUCUCCCCAGUGGUGCAGCCCCGCUUGAAGGCCUAUCAGCAGAUAGUGCGUUGCUUCGGCACCGGGAUCCUCUUGGAGAGCGGCGAGAUAAAUCGCGAGGCUCUAGGAAACAUUAUCUUCUCCCACCCGGAGAAACGGCGGCUGCUGAACGCCAUCACCCACCCCGAGAUCCAGAAGGAGAUGCUGAAGCAGGUCUUGAAGUACUUUGUGCUGGGCUACCGCUAUGUGAUCCUCGACAUCCCCCUGCUCUUUGAGACCAACAGGCUGACGAAGUUUAUGAAGCACACCGUCUUGGUUUACUGCGACCCGCAGACUCAGCUGUCGCGGCUGAUGAAGAGGAACGGGCUGUGCCAGGCCGAGGCCGAAGCCCGCGUCGCCUCCCAGCUGCCGCUGGACGAGAAGCGCAAACUGGCGAGCCACGUCAUCGACAACUCUGGGGACCGCGAGAGCACGCGCCGGCAGGUCCUGAGGCUGCACGCCCGGCUGGAGGAUUCCCUGGACUUCCUCUGGGCACGGCUGGCGGUGGGAGCGGCUGUGGCUGGCCUUGGAGGGCUGGUGUACCUCCUCCUCCGGCACUUCAUCUCUUAAGCCACCUUUUUUAGGGGCAUUUUUUUUUUUUUGUCUUUGAAGGGCCUGGAUUUCCAGGUUUGAAAAGGGCAGCGAAAGGCCACCUGUUUUAAUGAGCUUUGCCAGCUGAAUGCAGACAGGGGGGUGAGGCGUCUCCUUGCAGCCUUCCCAAGGUGAAUACGAGUUUUCUUCCAGCACCGUCUCCCGUCUCCUUUCUUUAAGUUCCUGCUCAGGUAGUUGCCCUCCAGCUGUCUGUGGGGCGGGAUGGCUGCCCCUGGAGGGGAUGAGGCCCUUGUUUUCCCCCUUGUGGGCCUGAAUGGUGGGACUUAGCCUGCUGUGAAUUCAGGCACUUCAGUGCCUCCUGGGGCAGUCGUGGGGGCUCUCAGUUCCUGAGGCUGCUACCAGGUGUCCCCAGGUUGUUCCCCUCCUAGUGCACAGCCCCAGCUAAUCGGAAUUUAGGUGUGGGAUUUCCCCUUAUUUCGUGUUAAAUGCGUCCACGCACGUGGGAUAGGUGCUCAGCUGGCUGCUCAUGGUCCCUCCCGCCCCGUAUUUCUGCAACGUAAAUUAUCCUGUGGUCAUUACUUGUGGGUCACCCCUGCCGAAGGGGGGUGAUGCUGAGGGGCUGAUGCAUCCCUGCAGGGGGCUGAGAGCUGGGACCUGCCUCGGGAAACGCGAUUGCUGCUGUUGGAGUUCGCCUUCAGCGGCUCCCUGGGGGGGAGAGCACGAAUCUGGGCAAAGCGGGUGCGGGUUCUUGGCGUUUGUUUUAAUAAAGCACCGAACAGCA